GACCUGGGUUUCCAGAUCCGAAGGGGGUCAGGUGAGUCUUGUCAGCGAUUCGUGCGGACUUGAAGAGUCCCCAGGAGAAGAUUGGCGGAGAGAAACCUCUCGUUUUGCGGCUUUCGCUUAAGUGCCACAGCCCGUCCGUCUGUCCGUGGCAGUUUACCUUCCCGGCUGCCUCUCCUUUAUGGGCCUGUCGCGAGUUUUGAGCGACCCUGAGAACUCUGGGCUCUCGACCCAGCAGCGGCCACUGUCGCUCCCGGGCGGCUCCUCACUUCGCUCCACCCCUCGCUUCGUCCCUCUCGGAUCAGCCGAGCGGGGCCGAGUAACCCGGCGGAGUGCGGCCGCACGGUUCGGAGUGAGUGCAGUCAAGUCCAGUCUAGCAGAACUCAGUGGGCCGAGCCGCACCGAAUAGCACGGAGCAGGAAUCUGGUGGCGGCUGCCACCAUGAAGCGGGACCGGCUGGGCCGCUUCCUGUCGCCUGGAACCGCCCGGCAGCGUGGGAGUUCGGGCGGCAGCUGUGGAAGCGGUCGGACUCGGGGUCGCCCUUCUCGCACCGGCGGAGCGAGCGCUGACAGGGCGGCGGCGCAACUCAGCUGGGGCUCAGCGCGCUCCUGCGAGGACACAGGCGAGGACGGUACAGAUGAGGCAGGAGCAGGCCGGACUCUUGCUAUGGGGCACUGUCGCCUCUGCCAUGGGAAGUUUUCCUCACGGAGCCUCCGCAGUAUCUCUGACAGAGUGCCUGGGGAGACCUCAGAGAGACUGUUCCCAGGGGAGCGAAUCUUCAUUAGGGACUUCCAGCGUCUUCUGGGUGUUGCUGUGCACCAGGACCCAGCCCUGCCUCAGUUUGUCUGCAAGAACUGCUACACCCAAUUCUAUCAGUGCCACAGCCUUCUCAGGUCCUUCUUACAGAGAGUCAAUGUCUCCCCAGCUGGCCAGAGGAAGCCUUGUCCAAAGGUUGGUGUUCAGCCUCCCACAGUGGCAGAGGAGGGAGCAUGUAUGGCUGAUCUGAUCACCUCGAGCCCUCGGUGUCUGCACAGCUUGGUGGGCUGGGUACAUGAACAUGCAGCCAACUGUGGGUCUCUGCCCAGCCUCCAGAGGACACUGUCCUCUGAGUACUGUGGCAUCAUCCAGGCUGUGUGGGGCUGCGACCAGGGCCAUGACUUCACCAUGGACACAGACUCCAGCUGCAGAGCUCUUUUUUUGGAUACUGCAUUAGCAAUGAAAUGGGCAUGGGGCAAGGAGAUAUCACCACGGCUGGUCCAGAACUCAGAGUCAAACCCCAGUGGAGCUGCCUCUCAGCUCUGCCAGGCCAGAGAAAUCCAAGUUGGAUCUGAGACCAAGACACUGCCCAGUGUGGAUGUGGCCUUGCUGCACUCACAUGGAAACUCUGUGGCACCUGGGCUAGGCCCCUAUGCUCAGCCAGACUUGGCUCCCAGUGAGGCCCCAGGGCAGCUGGGUGAGAAGCAGGCUCCAGCGUCAGCCUCGGAUGACCGGGUAAAAGACGAGUUCAGUGACCUUUCUGAGGGAGACUUCCUGAGUGAAGAUGAGAAUGAUAAGAAGCAAAACCCACAGUCCUCGGAUGAGUCCUUUGAGCCCUACCCAGAAAAGAAGGUAUCUGGUAAGAAGAGUGAAAGUAGAGAUGCCAAGAAGCCCGAAGAGCCCAAAAUCAGAAAGAAGCCUGGGCCCAAGCCUGGAUGGAAGAAGCUGCGAUGUGAGAGGGAGGAGCUGCCCACCAUCUACAAGUGUCCUUACCAGGGCUGCACAGCUGUGUACCGUGGGGCUGAUGGCAUGAAGAAGCACAUUAAGGAGCACCAUGAGGAGGUUCGGGAAAGGCCCUGCCCACACCCUGGCUGCAACAAGGUAUUCAUGAUUGACCGGUACCUGCAGCGACACGUGAAGCUCAUCCACACAGAGGUACGCAAUUACAUCUGUGACCAAUGUGGGCAGACCUUCAAGCAGCGGAAGCACCUUCUUGUCCACCAGAUGCGGCACUCCGGAGCCAAGCCACUGCAGUGUGAGGUCUGUGGGUUCCAGUGCAGGCAACGAGCAUCCCUCAAGUACCAUAUGACCAAACACAAAGCAGAGACUGAGCUGGACUUCGCCUGUGACCAGUGCGGCCGGCGGUUUGAAAAGGCCCACAACCUCAAUGUGCAUAUGUCCAUGGUACAUCCUCUGACCCAGACCCAGGACAAAGCCCUGCCUUUGGAUGCAGAGCCCCCACCUGGACCUCAGAGCCUCUCUGGGACCAUGGAGGCCGUGAAGCCUGAGCCCACCUGAGAAUUGCAGGUGAAACACUGUGCACGUUGUGCAGCUGGAAUGCAGCAGGUGUGACGUGAGGUUAAAGACAGUUUAAUGUUCCUCACUUCCCUACUGGCAGAGUUCUGCUUGCUCUUCGGACCCCGUGCUGCACCCCACCUCACAUAUCCAGCAGCCAUAUGUUGGGACGGUACAUCUCUCUCAGGGUGAGGAUGUGUGUGCUUCUACCUGCUGUGGUACCAGCAGUUUUAUUUUCCUGUGGACAUUGAACAAUUAAUUUAAGGCCAGACACAGAUUAUGAAUAAUUAAUUUUUUCCUAACUAGAGCAAUCAAGGAGAUUUGUAAUCUACUUUCUAGUGUAACAAGAGCUCCAUGUUAUGCUUGCAAUAAAUUAUUGACAAAGGUACCGGCUGGUGCAGUCAGAACAGACGAGGCUCCUGGUAGAGAUCAAAGCUGGGGCCAGCCUGCUGCCUUUGCAGGAGGGCGUUGCUCACUUCAGGGUCACAGUCUUCUCGGCCAGCCAGUAGCUGUGAGAAAACACAUUGCUAGUGUUCACAGUCCCCCAGGACAGCCUGAGUAAGCUGUGUGCAGAUCGGGAGCUGGUGGACCCUGGAGUUGUGCUGCCACCAUCUCGAGUGUCACGGGGCUGUGGUUUCAUUUUACCUGAGCUGUGAAAUCAGCUCAGGGAGCGUAGCUCUGGGUUUGUUACCUCUGUCAUGUUGGAGAAGCAAUGUUUAGAGCACUGAGGUAUCAGCUGCAGCAGAAAAAUACGUGCCUCUGUGACCAGUUGUACAGGGCCGCCCUAGAGCAGAGACAGACAGUCAAGGUUUAGGCACACUACACUGGCACUAGCACAUCUCACCUGCUGCUCCCAAAGAAUGGCUGCCUCACAGGCUUCGGGGAGCUUACUUGGAGCAAUGAUGGGCCUUGGAGCUUUAAGCUUUUGCUGGCCUGAGGUGAUGCAAUCCUGGUUUCCCCAUCCACAACGAGCUGCACCAGCUUGAGGUACAUGUCGACAGCAACACGCAGGAAAGCCUCUUCCUUCCUAGUGGCAUCUUGAUUGAAGUGGGAGAGAAGACUGCAGGUAAAGGCAAGAUGACAGGACUUGAAGAUGCUGAGAGGUGAGUACCAGUUAGCACAGAGACUACACAGCCAUCUGUGGAACAAACUGACAAGCAACUCUCCCACCCAGUGGGAAGCCUUGGGGAAGCCCUGCCUGUUCUCUGACCAUGCCAGGCACAAGGGUGGGCUUCCUCACCAGACUGGCAGGAACUUAGUUACCUGUAGAAAGCAACUGGUAACAGCCUGGUGUGCUGCUCCGGGGCCAAGCGAAGGAGAUGCCCCAGUCCAGCAUCUGCAAAACCAAGGAGUACUUUCAUCUCUGUGGAAGACUCCUGGAUGUCAUGUGCUUUGGGAGGGUGCUGUCUAGCUGUGGUGACACUCACCAGCUGUGAGCUACCCUGAGGACACUUGUUUAGGGCUGCCAGGAAAGAGGGGUCACUUUUCCUUUGGUCUGGAAAAAUGAGGUGGUAUGCUCACAUAGGAGAAUUGGCGGGGGGGUAAACCAGGAACCUCUCUCACCACUCCCCCACAAUGUGCCUGUGAAUAGACCAUGCCAGAACGGCAACAUUCUGGACCUGUGAGUGUCCCCAAUGGAGUGUGUCCUGAAUUAGUACCCCAAAUGAAGUAGGGUAGAUACAUUCAGUAAAAAGUUAAACUCACAAAAGUUUACUCCCCAGGCUUUGUUCUUAACUGUUUGAAAAUGGCUUCUGAAGAGUGACGUGGUUGCCAUGGUAGCAGACAAUUAUAUCUGCUCAUCUUGGGUAGAGCCAGCUUUUCUAUACUGUUCCAGGGACACAUGACUUCUCACCUGUCUCCGUCAACUGGAAGAGCAUCAGCCAGGACACCUUCCUUCUUUCCAAGCACACGAGGACCUCACCACAGAUGUCCACAGCCUUCAGAUACUCGGCAGUGUCCUGUGAUCCAGAGGAGCAGAGUUGGUGGAGAGCCAACCUUUGUGCAGGGUGGACAAAGCUAGUUCCUUUUAACUCUCCAAAGUCCAAACUGGUGACACAACCUAAAUAAAGGUGCUGCCCUGGUCCUUCUAGAUGGGAAGUGCCCACACCCACCAGGUGUUGUACCAGCUCUGGGGCAAGACAUCAAAAGGAAGACCAAACCAGAAACAGGCCGAAAUCCAGAGGUCUGAACUGAAGUCAGUCCUCCUGCCCAGCUGGGGUUACAGGCAAAAGGCUAAACUCAGCUUAAAGGUCUGACUUACCCCUUGCAUCAGGUAGGAUGAGAGUAGGCCCAUCAAGGAAAAGAAGAGGAAGGAGAUCAGCAGCUAGGAGGGAAACAGUUUAAAGUCACACACUGACACUGUAGGCUAAGUGAGACCCAUGCUUAGCGCGUAGGUCCUUUAAGAGGACCCAGGAGGGGGAACAACGAAUUCACUUUCUGUUUUUUUUUUUUUUUUUUUUGAGACAGGAUCUCACUGUGUAGCCCAGGCUAGCUUCAAACUCAUUCCAGCAAUUUUUUCUGUCUCAGCUUUCUAAGUACUGCUAGGCUUUCUACCAUAUAGAAACUUAUGUCAUAAUAAAUUUUGGCCAACAGGGUCAUUUAAAACGGU